GAUGCUCCCGGGAGCCAACCGGAGCUCGUAGCUUUCCGCGGGCCCGCGCUCGCGAGGAAGCCGAUUUCGCGCCGGCUUACGGUUAUAUUUCGCACAGAGAAUACUACUUAACAGGUUGCAGGCAGUGCGACCCAGGAUUGAAUGAAGGCGCGCAGGUGCAAUCAGCCGGCCGACCCGCUCAAGAGCACCGCGCGAGCCAUUUGUUGCCCUCUUUCCCCUUACAAACUGUGUUUUAUCACAUACAAAAGUCCCCUCGCGUCUGCCGCUAGCUGAUGCAACACUGAAUAGGGGAGGAAGGAAGAGUCCACUCGAAAAAUGGACCAGAACGUGUUUGCUCUGCUCGGAGACGACGAGAAUGCGGACCCUCAUGUCCUGGCGGCCAAGGCCCCUAAGCCGGUGAAGAAGGAGGCCCCCAAGGAGGAGGCCAAGCCGGCCAAGGCUCCUGUUGCCAAGCAGGAGGCUCCCCGCGCCGAGAACGGUGGCCGUGGUGGCCGUGGGCGCGGUGAGGGCGGCCGCGGUCGCGGUGGCAGGGGCGAGGGCCGCGGUCGCGGCCGUCCCUUUGUGGACCGCAACGGCGGCGAGGGUGGUGAGGGCCCUGUGAUGGAGCGCACUGACGGCGAGGGUGGUCGCGGCCGUGGUGCCCGCCCCGGCCGCGGUCGCGGUGGCCGCUUCUCUGGCGAGGGCCGCCCGCCCCGCCGCGAGUAUGAGCGUCACGACGGCACUGGCCGUGGCCACGAGACCGAGAAGCGCCACGGCAGCGGCCGCGGCAACUGGGGCAAGGAGGGCGACGAGGAGAAGCCCGAGGGCGAGGAGGUGAAGGCCGCCGAGGAGGUGCCCGCUGGCGAGGAGGGCGCCGCUGCUGAGGCCCCCGCCGCUGAGGCCCCCAAGGAGGAGGAGAAGGAGAUGAGCCUGGAGGAGUACGAGGCCCUGAUGGCGGAGAAGAAGAAGGCGCUGAACAAGUCGGCGGAGGCUAAGAACGUGGACCCCAACGCGGAGCUGAAGGGCCUCAAGGUGUUCACCAAGCAGUCCACCGAGGAGCAGGGCCUGGACCUGGCCGCCGUUGAGAAGAAGAAGGCUGAGGCUGAGCGCGCCGCCAAGGAGGCCGCCGCCGCCUCCAAGGCCAAGCCCGUGAUCGAGACCGGCUUCCGCAUUGAGUCCGCCGAGAGCGCCGGCCGUGGCGGCGAGGGCGGCCGUGGUGGCCGUGGCGGCCGCGGUGGCCGCGGCGGCCGCUUCAGCGACCGCCCCCAGAGCGCCCGCGGCGAGGGCCGUGGCGAGGGCCGCGGCGGCCGCGGUGGCCGCGGCGGCGAGGGCCGUGGCGAGGGCCGCGGCGGCCGCGGCGAGGGCCGUGGCCGCGGCGCCGCCCCCGCCAUGGACGAGAGCCACUUCCCGGCUCUGUCCUAAGCGGACGGUGCAGUCGCGAUCGCGACGGCCGGCAUCAUGCAGCGCGCGCCUGUAGCCCUGCUGGCGCCAUGGCGAGCGGCUUCUGGUGCAACGGACUGGUUUUUGAUACAGAGCUGGGCCGCUGAGCGAGGGAGCCUGCGGAGCCGGGGCGGCGACAGGGCGGCAGGCGUGCGCAAUGUGUGGCGCCGCCCACAGCAGAGCACGCCGACAAACGCGGAGGCGCAGCGCAAUGCGAACGUGAGCAUAGGGAGUCCAGCAGCAGCACAAGCGCGGGUUGAGGAAGCGCCGGUGGGGGCCCUCUCUAGGGAAGACGGAGAGAUUGAGCAACGACGGGGGGUGGUUCCCCGUUUUGACAGCAAGAACAAAUCACGAUACCCGACGGUGGCGUGUGCAGGGGUGACUGUGUGUGGCAGGGAUAGUCAGUGCGAUGGUCCCCGCAGGCGCAGGAGGAGUGUGUUGCCGGGUACGGCUUAGUACAACGUUGUUUGAGGUUCAAUCGCAGAAGAGGCUGUGCCGAGGACGUGAGGGCGUGGUGAUGCUGCAUGGGCGGCGUGCCCAUGCAGUGGCAGCGCCAGAACUGGGGCUGUUGCCAUGGUCAAGCGGAAAUGGAGUGUUGGUAAUGUUGGGCGACGUGCUCUCAGGAUUCAGUUGGAUUUUCGCCUGUUCUUCAGUGUCUAGGCUUGCGUUGGCGUGUCGAGCAUUCGCUGCGCAUUCUUGUCCUGCCGCGGCUUCGGCACAAGGUUUUUGGGGCGGAGCAGCUCGGGAGAGCGGGACGCUGGAGUGCAUGAGUGAGAGGACACGUUGGCUUCGACAUUUCCUCCUUGGUGGUAUCGUCAGGAUUUUUAGGACCGGUAGGGAUAAAUGCCGGAUGGGUAGGGAGGGACCGGGGUGUGCUUCCGCUGUGCUGCUGGAUAAUCCAUGCAAAAGAAAUCUGUCUCGAUCCCUUGUUCCUCACUGUCUCAUUAACAAGUUGGCUUGGUCUUAACCAUUCCGAGAACC